AUGAAACUGAAGGGCCUGAUGAAAGCGGCUCUUGCCAGAUCCAAUGAGCUGCUGGCGAAUGACGCCUUGAGGCUUCUGAGCCGGCUCAUGCGGAAGCGAGGUUUGAUCAUGGAGCCCACGGCCUUCAAGGGAAUCUCCCAAAGAUUGCUCGAGAGCGCAUUGAUGAUGCAGUGCCCUGACAUUGAUCAAGUGGAGGCCGAAGCUCUCAGUGCUGGCUCGUGUUGGGCACACAGCCUCCCAGCUGAGAAGCGGCCAGAGCUCUUGAAGAGAAACGAGCAGCUCAUGGCUGAACUUGUCAACCGUAAUCUUCCGCAAUGGCUGGAGUGCCGCUGGGCUCAUGAUGCUGAUGCCUUCCGACUUCGCUUGGCGCUGGACUGCUGGGACCGGCGCGGAUGCUACGAAGAUGUCGAAGGCACCGGGCUUUAUGGUGCAAUCUGUAUGGAGCUGGGCGAACCAGAACGAGCGAGAUCUCGCUUUGAGCAUCUGCGAGAAAGGAUUGACUUUCGGCUUGCAUACCAGCCUGGGUUCCUCGAAGAUCUCCUGACCAUGAACCUGUGGAGUCGUGCGAAGAGUGCGAAGCCUCCAGGCGACUCUUCCGACUUGGCUGACCUGGUCCAAAAGGCAGCCCAGCUGGCCUUCAGAGGUGCCUCUACUGGCAUCCUCCGUAGGCGGCACGGAGCGGUAUUAUUCGAGGGGGGCGACAACGGCUACAAAGUAGUGGCGGAAGGGUUCAACCACAUAGCCGCACCCUUGCCAGCGGAGAGAGCCGCAGCACUGGCUGGAGCAAAAGCAAGAGUGACCCAACGUCAUGCGGAGGUGCACUGCCUUCUGCAGCUACGUCGACUGGCAGAUGCUAAGCAGAAGCAGAUGUUGAUCGUGGAGGUGGCAGACGUAGGACCUGGGUUAGGCUGGGCCGAGCCGUGCUCCCGUGGCUGCGUCCAGCUGCUCACUAAGUAUGGCCUCACGCCAAUAUUCUUCACAGAUGGGCAGGGUGCGCUUGUAGAACGUCAGCUGCAACAUGACCCAGACCUGGACGUUCCGUACAAAACUUAUGCGAGACGUCUUAGCGAUGACCGCAUCUCAGAGCGGGCGUGGCUGGACAUUUCUUCAAAGAUGGAGAUGGAACAAGUGGUAAACUAA